UGUAGUCUGUGCUUCAGUGAGCAGAUAAAGCGCGUUUUGGCCGAGAAGGUUUGUUGCUUGUUUACCGUAAACAAGGACACAAACAAGAAAAAAAACAACAUGUAUGACCAAGAUGAAGAUAUCCAAUAUGAUGAAGAUGAUGAUGAGAUCACCCCUGAUCUGUGGCAGGAAGCCUGCUGGAUUGUUAUCAGUUCCUAUUUUGACGAGAAGGGAUUGGUGCGCCAGCAGCUGGACUCCUUCGAUGAGUUCAUUCAGAUGUCUGUUCAGAGGAUUGUUGAGGACGCUCCACCUAUAGACCUACAGGCUGAGGCUCAACACACCUCUGGAGAGGUGGAGGAGCCGCCACGGUAUCUGCUGAAGUUCGAGCAGAUCUACCUGUCCAAGCCUACGCACUGGGAAAGGGAUGGAGCCCCCUCACCUAUGAUGCCGAAUGAGGCUCGACUCAGAAACCUCACGUACUCGGCUCCUCUGUAUGUCGACAUCACUAAAACCAUCAUAAAGGAAGGAGAGGAGCAGCUUCAGACGCAGCACCAGAAAACCUUCAUUGGCAAGAUUCCCAUCAUGCUUCGUUCCACCUACUGUUUGCUCAGCGGCCUGACAGAUCGUGAUCUGUGUGAGCUGAAUGAGUGUCCUCUGGACCCAGGAGGCUACUUUAUCAUCAACGGUUCCGAGAAGGUUCUCAUUGCUCAGGAAAAGAUGGCCACCAACACAGUAUAUGUGUUUGCCAAAAAAGAUUCCAAAUAUGCGUACACAGCGGAGUGCAGGUCAUGUCUGGAGAAUUCAUCCAGACCUACCAGCUCGAUUUGGGUCAGCAUGAUGGCCAGAGGAGGACAGGGGGUGAAGAAGAGUGCCAUUGGUCAGAGAAUCGUCUCCACCCUUCCUUACAUCAGACAAGAAGUGCCAAUCAUCAUCGUGUUCCGUGCCCUGGGCUUUGUGUCCGACAGGGACAUCCUGGAGCACAUCAUCUAUGACUUUGAUGACCCAGAGAUGAUGGAGAUGGUAAAGCCAUCUCUGGACGAGGCUUUCGUGAUCCAGGAGCAGAACGUAGCUCUGAACUUCAUCGGCUCAAGAGGAGCCAAGCCUGGUGUCACCAAGGAGAGAAGAAUUAAAUAUGCCAAAGAGGUGCUGCAGAAGGAAGUUCUGCCCCAUGUGGGUGUCUCUGACUUCUGUGAGACCAAGAAGGCCUACUUUUUAGGUUAUAUGGUGCAUAGGCUCCUGCUCGCAGCUCUGGGCAGAAGAGAGCUGGAUGACAGAGAUCACUAUGGCAACAAAAGGCUGGACCUGGCAGGGCCUCUACUUGCCUUCCUUUUCAGAGGAAUGUUCAAGAACCUGCUGAAGGAGAUAAGGAUCUAUGCACAGAAAUUUAUUGACCGAGGGAAGGACUUUAACCUAGAGCUGGCCAUUAAAACCCGGAUCAUCUCGGAUGGGCUGAAGUAUUCUUUGGCCACGGGCAACUGGGGUGAUGUAAAGAAGGCCCACCAGGCCAGAGCUGGAGUGUCUCAGGUGUUGAACAGGCUGACAUUCGCCUCCACAUUGUCACAUCUCCGGCGUGUAAACUCCCCCAUUGGCAGAGAUGGCAAGCUGGCCAAGCCCAGACAGCUCCACAACACACUGUGGGGCAUGGUGUGCCCUGCUGAGACCCCAGAGGGUCAUGCUGUAGGCUUGGUGAAAAACUUGGCGCUGAUGGCGUACAUCUCUGUGGGGUCCCAGCCCUCCCCCAUCCUAGAGUUCUUGGAGGAGUGGAGCAUGGAGAACCUGGAGGAGAUCUCACCUGCUGCCAUUGCAGAUGCCACUAAGAUCUUUGUGAACGGCUGCUGGGUGGGCAUACACAAAGACCCUGAACAGUUGAUGAACACGCUGAGGAAACUGAGGAGACAGAUGGACAUCAUUGUAUCGGAGGUGUCAAUGAUCCGGGACAUCAGAGAGCGAGAGAUCCGAAUUUAUACAGAUGCCGGACGGAUCUGCAGGCCGCUGCUCAUCGUUGAGAAGCAAAAACUUCUGCUGAAGAGGCGCCACAUUGACCAGCUCAAAGAACGAGAGUACAACAACUACAGUUGGCAGGACCUGGUAGCGAGUGGGGUGGUGGAGUAUAUCGAUACGCUGGAGGAGGAAACUGUAAUGCUGGCCAUGACCCCAGAUGACCUCCAGGAGAAGGGUGUGGCGUACUGCUCCACCUACACUCACUGCGAGAUUCACCCCUCCAUGAUCCUGGGAGUGUGUGCUUCCAUUAUUCCUUUCCCUGAUCACAAUCAGUCUCCCAGGAACACUUACCAGUCUGCUAUGGGGAAGCAGGCUAUGGGAGUCUACAUCACUAACUUUCAUGUUCGCAUGGACACUUUGGCCCAUGUGCUGUACUACCCCCAAAAGCCUCUGGUCACCACUCGCUCCAUGGAGUACCUGCGCUUCCGAGAGCUACCAGCAGGGAUCAAUUCCAUUGUGGCUAUUGCAUCAUACACUGGAUACAACCAGGAGGACUCCGUCAUCAUGAACCGCUCUGCUGUGGACCGAGGCUUCUUCAGGUCUGUGUUCUAUCGCUCUUAUAAAGAGCAGGAGUCGAAGAAAGGCUUUGACCAGGAGGAGAUCUUUGAGAAACCCAAGCGUGAAGAGUGUCAAGGCAUGCGGCAUGCUAUUUAUGAUAAGCUGGACGAUGACGGGCUAAUCGCCCCGGGUGUACGUGUGUCCGGUGAGGAUGUAAUCAUUGGUAAAACAGUCACUCUUCCCGAGAAUGACGAUGAGCUGGACAGUACGAACCGGCGCUACACCAAGAGGGACUGCAGCACUUUCCUCCGCACCAGCGAGACCGGCAUCGUCGACCAAGUCAUGGUCACCCUCAACCAGGAGGGCUACAAAUUCUGCAAGAUCCGGGUUCGCUCAGUCCGGAUCCCUCAGAUUGGGGACAAAUUUGCCAGUCGACACGGACAGAAGGGUACCUGUGGAAUUCAGUACAGGCAGGAGGACAUGCCUUUCACGUGUGAGGGAAUCACUCCAGACAUCAUCAUCAACCCCCACGCCAUCCCCUCCAGAAUGACAGUCGGUCACUUGAUCGAGUGUCUGCAGGGGAAGGUGUCUGCAAACAAGGGGGAGAUCGGUGAUGCCACACCUUUCAAUGAUGCUGUGAAUGUGCAGAAAGUCUCCAACCUGCUGUCGGAGUAUGGUUACCACCUGAGAGGAAACGAGGUGUUGUACAACGGGUUCACGGGUCGCAAACUGACCUCUCAGAUCUUCAUCGGGCCCACUUACUACCAGCGCCUGAAGCACAUGGUGGACGAUAAGAUCCACUCACGAGCACGUGGUCCCGUCCAGAUCCUCAACAGGCAGCCUAUGGAGGGCAGAUCACGUGAUGGUGGUCUGCGUUUUGGAGAGAUGGAGCGAGAUUGCCAGAUUGCUCAUGGAGCUGCACAGUUCCUGAGGGAGCGUCUGUUCGAGGCCUCUGACCCCUACCAGGUGCAUGUGUGCAACCUGUGCGGCCUAAUGGCCAUCGCUAACACUCGCACGCACACCUACGAGUGCAGAGGCUGCCGUAACAAGACUCAGAUUUCUCUGGUCCGGCUGCCGUACGCCUGCAAGCUUCUGUUUCAGGAACUGAUGUCUAUGAGCAUUGCACCCCGCAUGAUGACCAGCUAAACACCAGCACUGCUGAAUUACUACAAAAACAGGAGACAAGAGGAACUGGGCUUACUGUACUGAAGAGGAGGGGUCAUUUCUAAAUGUCAACUGAAUGCACUCGCUUGCUCAGGCUUGACCUGUGUAUGUCUAUUUUGUCAAAGUAUUUCUGAUCUGUUAUUGUUUUGGACGUGAUACGUUAGUUGACUUUGUAAAAUUUUGAAUCAAAUAAAGUAGUUUGUUUUUAAA